UUACCUCCUCCGAAGGCAACGACUAGCUUUUACAUCCUACAUAAACUAAGACAGAGAGAGAGAGGGCUGAAUCUAGAUUGGAUUCGUUUACUUUACUUUAUUUUCCCGAGCUAUAUGCCAAUAUGGAGACGGCUACUUUUCUAAUCUUUUGUCUCGCUUUAUUGGCGAGAAAUGUACAGGCUCAGGAUUCAUCCAACAGCGACAACAAUGGCGGUAGCGGCAGCGGCCGUGGGUGGUCCUGGGCAGGUUAUCCUGGGGCCGACGGCGGCGCUUUUGGGGGCAACCCGUACAAUUCGGGGUCGGCGGGGGGCGGUCUAAGUGUGUUCGCGAACUUCGACAUCGACACGGCGGUUCGAUACCGGACGGCCCACGGUAUCAUCGCCGCGAUAUGUUUCGUCGUGAUAUUUCCCUGCGGCGCUAUCAUCGUACGGCUGCUUCCUAGUCGGCACACGUGGCUCGUCCACGCCGUGGUCCAGUGCGUCGGGUUUCUUGCGUACGUUGCUGCCGCUGCGCUGGCGAUAAGGCUUAUACAGAUGGUUAGGAUCCCCCCUGACGGAUCUAGCCUGUUGGAAAUAUCAUCUACCAACGCGCACCCGAUCAUAGGCAUCAUCCUCCUCGUCCUAAUGUUCCUCCAACCAGCGCUCGGCUUCGUCCACCACGCCAAGUUCAAGCGCCUCCGCCGGCGGACCUUCUUCUCGCACGCGCACCUGUGGCUCGGCCGGACAGCCAUCACCCUGGGCAUCAUCAACGGCGGGCUGGGGCUGAAGCUAGCCAACGCGUCGCAGGACCUGGUCAUCGCCUACUCCGUCGUGGCCGCGUUCGUCUGGCUGGUGUGGCUGAUAGCCGCCGUCUUUGGAGAAAUGCGCCGUCGCCGGGGCGAUGGUAACAACAUUAACGAUAGGAAUAAGAACAAUUCUCCUUCUUCGAAUGAAUACAUGGCCCCGAAUCACACCUCCAUGCGAUUUAAUAGGGACGGCCGCCGUCGUUCUAUCAGCCUCUCACUUGACCCCAGUCCCCCGUACACGCCGGGGCCUAUAUAUGGCGGGCCACCGGUCGACGGGAGAGGACAGACGGUGGAGAUGAUGCCUGCGAGGAACGUGGCUGGGAGACAGAGAUCUAUAUCUCCGCUCUCGUCCGAGUUGACGCCGGUGGAUGGAAGAAGGAGGUCAUCGCAAGAAAGGUAACGCGGGUACGCGGUUGCUAUUUAUGAAUAUUGUUAGGAUAUUAUGAACGAUG